UCCGUUCCCAGCGUCCCUCGGGCAAGAUGGCGGCGCCCACACUAGGCCGGCGGUGCGGCCGGGCAGCGCGGCUGUGGGGCGGCCCGCACCGGGUCCUGCCGCCGCUCUCGCUCCGGCGGCGAGCCCACGAACAGCCGCGGCGGGCCCGGGGCGCCAUGGGGCUGCUGGCGGCGCAGUGCGAGCGCGGCCUCUUCCAGGAGGUGUUCCCGGCACAGAGCGCGGAGGAGCAGCUGCUGGAGCUGCUGGCGCCGGGCCGCCCGCCCCUCACCGCCUACUGCGGCUUCGACCCCACGGCCGACUCGCUUCACGUCGGGCACCUGCUGCCCGUCAUGGCGCUCCUGCACUUCCAGCGCGCCGGCCACAACGUUAUCGCCGUGGUGGGCGGUGCCACGGCGCGGCUGGGGGACCCCAGUGGCCGGGAGCGGGCGCGGGAACCGCUGGCGGCGGAGCGGGUGCGGGCGCAGGCGCGGGGGCUGCGGGCCGGCCUGGAGCGGCUGUUCGAGAACCACCGGGAGCUGUUCCGGGGGGCGGGCGGCGAGCGGCUGGGGCAGGCGGUGCUGCUGGACAACUCCGGCUGGCUGGGCCGGCAGCAGCUGCUCGACUUCCUCGGCGGGGCCGGCGGGCGGCUCCGCAUGGGCACGCUGCUGAGCCGGCAGAGCUGCCAGGCGCGGCUGCGGAGCCCCGAGGGCAUGAGCCUGGCCGAGUUCCUCUACCCGGCGCUGCAGGCCUACGAUUUCCUCCACCUCCACCAGCAGCACGGCUGCCGCGUCCAGGUGGGGGGCGCCGACCAGAUGGGCAACAUCAUGUCCGGCUACGAGCUCGUCACCAAGAUGACAGGAACAGAUGUGUUUGGAAUUACUGUACCUCUUAUUACCAGUACUACUGGAGAUAAACUGGGAAAGACUGCUGGCAAUGCAGUUUGGCUAAACAGAGAGAAGACCUCUCCAUUUGAGCUAUAUCAGUUUUUUGUCAGACAACAGGAUAACGUGGUUGAAAAAUACCUGAAACUCUUCACCUUUCUUCCUCUUGAGGAGAUUGACCACAUUAUGGAAAUGCAUGCAAAAGAACCUGAAAAAUGGGGUCCUCAGAAACGACUUGCUGCAGAAGUGACCAAGCUUGUUCAUGGCAGAGAGGGGCUAGAGUCAGCUAAGAGGUGUACUAAGGCCCUUUAUUACAGCAGCAUGGAGGCAUUGGAAGCUAUGUCUGACCAAGAGCUACAGGAACUUUUCAAACAAGCUCCUUCAGCUGAAUUGCUGCUCGAACCGGGAAUGAAUGUUCUUGACUUGUGUCGCAAAGCAAAUGCCAUUCCAGAUGGACCCAGUGGGUACCAGAAAAUUACAGAUGGUGGAGUUUCAAUAAAUGGGAUUCGAGUAACUGAUCCUGAGACUGUUCUUAUUCUUGGACAACAUAUUCUCAAGAAUGGAGUGUCAUUGCUUAGGAUUGGAAAGAAAAAUUACUACAUCAUAAAAUGGUUGCAGUUGUGACAACAGAACGUCUCCCUAACAUCAUGUAUCUUUUUUCUGAGUCUGUUGCUUGAAGAUGUUUCUAUACUGUGCAUUACUGUGCAGCUCACAGACUGCACAAUACCAUAGUUUCAUUUUCAAAAUGCACCAACAGAGUUCAAAUAAAGGCAACUAAGUUAUACCACCGAAGAGAUUUUUAGAUCCUCUGCCUUAUUCAAAACCCUACUCAUAACAGGAUGUGUACAAGAAGAUGAAAAGAUGAAUUUCAGAGUCCAAAGAUGGAGAUGCUCUUCCUGUCCUUCUACAACCCUCUGUGUUGUAGGAAAAGUACAGUGGCCAGGUGUCUACAGCAUAAUCCACAGCAACAUGAACAAAAGCAUACUGAAAACCAGUACUUCUUACUGCUUUUGUCCAGUUUGACUUCAUCCUAACAAAAGAAACCUGCAGAAUGGGUGAGGACAAGCAGGCUAUGAUGAACAAUUUUUUUUCCUGAACAGGUUUGCUUUGAAGGAAGCACCAGAAGAUUCACAAUAAAUGAAUAGAAUUAUUAAGCCCUAA